GCUUCCGAAAGACCGAAACACUCCUGAAGACGCAACGCACCCACCCCACCCACCAGACAAGCACCAUGGACGCGCCCACCGCCGCGGCCAAGCGCAAGCGGCCGGCCGCCGACAUCGCCGCCGCGACGGCCGCCGUCGAGGAGGUGUCCGACGCGGAGGUGGAGGAGUUCUACGCCAUCCUGCGCCGCAUGCGGGACGCCACCCGCCGCUUCGUCUCCCGCGGCGGCGGCGGCGCAGCAGGGGCAGCAGCUGGCCCCGUGCGCGCGCCGGCGUGGCGACCCAGCUUCUCCUGGGAGGACUUCGCGCCAGCUGCUCCCCCGGCGGCUCCACCGUCGCAGCAGCAGCAGCCGCCGCGGCCACCAGUGGACGAGCGCGUCGCCGAGAACGGCACGCCGCCGCGGCGGCCAGCCGGCGUUUUCCUCGACCUGAACGCCGAGCCGGAGCCCGAGGCGCCGACUACGCCGCGACCGGAGCGCGUCGCCGCCUAGAGCCGCGCGGCCGGUUCUUACUGAUGAUGACGAUGAUCCGGUAAUUACUGCAGUAGCUUGAUCGUUUACUCACCCUCGGUACGUGCGAACUACUACUAGCACUACUAGCAGACGCCCGGCGGCUUGCAAGCAGAGUCCACUGAUUGAUUUUGAUUAAUCAUCGCUGCUACUGCAUCGGCCACCAAGCAACACAUGGGGUGUUGAUUACUGUACGGUUACUAUGUUUACUUCGUUAUUUACAGUGACUCCUGGCGCUACUAUACUGGUGGUACUGAGGUUGUUCAGUAAUACU